AUGGGUACCGAAAAUGAAAGUCCGGAACCGGACUGUCAGAAACAGUUCCAGGCCGCCGUCAGCGUCAUUCAGAACCUGCCUAAGGACGGCUCCUACCGCCCCUCCUACGAAGAGAUGCUGCGGUUCUACAGCUACUACAAGCAGGCCACCAUGGGGCCCUGCCUCAUCCCCCAGCCUGGGUUCUGGGACCCUAUCGGACGUUACAAAUGGGAAGCCUGGAACAGCCUGGGCCAGAUGAGCAGGGAGGAGGCCAUGUCCGCCUACAUUACCGAGAUGAAGCUUGUGGCACAGAAGGUGAUCGACACAGUGCCCCUGGGCGAGGUGGCAGAGGACGUGUUUGGUUACUUCGAGCCCCUGUAUCAGGUGAUCCCUGACAUGCCGAGGCCCCCAGAGACGUUCCUGAGAAGGGUCACAGGUUGGAAAGAGCAGGUACUGAAUGGAGAUGCUGAGGCCGCCCCAGAGCCUCGCUGCCUCCCCAAGGAACCAGCACCCCCAAGCCCAGAGUCCCAGCCACCCAGGGACCAGGACUCUGAGGUUUUCUGUGAUUCUGUGGAGCAGCUGGAGCCUGAACUGGUUGGGGAAGAGCAAAGGGGCGCCGUGGGAGGAGAAAUUGACACCAGAAACAGCCCCGAGCCUCCUGCAGAGAGAGGGAGAUUGGAAGGCCCUCUGCUGGGGCCCCAGGAAUUGGACUCGUGGCUGGUGGGGACGGUCCGUGCGCUGCAGGAGAGCAUGCGGGACGUCCAGGGGAGGCUGCAGAGCCUGGAGAGCAUGGCUGUGCCCCCCGAGCAGCAGAUGCCCCCACCCAGUGCCAGGCCUUGGCCCCUCAGGCUUUCCAGCCCCACGCUGAUCUUCUUCCUCCUGUGGCCCUUCAUCGUCCAGUGGCUCUUCCGACAGUUUCGGACCCAGAAGAGAUGA